AUGGCUUCUAGUUUCUUACGGGCACCGCAAAUAAUUUACAAACAAUUUACGAGACCCCUAAUCAGCACCCGGUUCAAGCCCUCACGAGCCCUUUAUUCCGAAGUUUGUUAUCCAAAAAGCCACGCCGCGUCGCACCAUUCAAAGUUUGGCCAAAGAUUGGGAAAAUUGGCUCUAGGUCUUUUCUUGACUAGUGCUGGAUUCGUUAUGGCGGCCUUACCUGCGUUUAAAGCUGCCGAUGAAUACUUGAAUCCUCCAACAGACGCAGAAACACUUACCCUCUUUACGCCCGAGAACGAGAAAUCGAGAGAAGUUGAGGAGUUUAUCACAUCUCAUUCAUUGGCUAACCAGCUACGAUCCAAGCCUGAGUUUUCCGAAUCUCGGCCUCAUCUCAAGGUACCUGAGUCACAGAGGGGUCAUAACCUCACAGCGGGAACUUUAAUGGGUGAUGGUAAAGUUGUGGUUCCUCCGUUUGUUUGGACUGAGGAGAAUGGAAAAUCUUUAGUUUCUAUAAUGUAUUUGGGAUCGGAUUUGUGCGGUCACCAGGGUCUCGUACAUGGAGGAUUUUUGGCAACUCUUCUCGAUGAGGGUCUUGCAAGAUGUUGUUUUGCUGCACUUCCAAACAAAAUCGGUAUGACGGCCAACCUCAACAUUAAUUUCAGAGCCCCAGCCUAUGCUGAGUCUUAUUUCGUUCUGAGAGCUAAAACUACCAAAGUUGAAGGUCGGAAAGCUUGGGUCGAGGGUCACAUUGAAACGCUGGUCGCUGAUGACGAAACACCCGUUGUGCUUGCUGAUGCUUCUGCCUUAUUUAUUGAGCCUAGGCAAGCAGCAAGUAUGGCUCGCGUUUAUCCUGUCCAGUAG